GGAAAGGGAAAAGGAUCUCAUGUUUUCGAAUUUCAAAGGGUUUUUGGUCCAAAUGUGAGCCAAGAACGCGUGUUCAACGACGCACAAGAAUUAGUUGUGGUGUGUAGGACGGAACUUCUACAGUGUGCACAUUUUCAGUCUUGUGUGCACGGGUACGAUGUUUCUAUCCUAGCAUAUGGACAGACAGGAAAUGGUAAGGCGCAUAAGAUGAGAGGAAGAUUCAUUGUGGAUAUGAUUGAUGGAAAAUUCGAGUUCAAGGCGUCUUUUGUGGAAGUAUACAAUGAAGAAGUGUAUGAUUUGCUCGCUAAGAGAAGUAAACCUGAAUUAAAGAUGGGUGCAGGAAUCACGACGGUCAACGGUUUGAGAUACUGUGACAUAAAUGACAAGGGUGAUGUGGAAAACAUUCUAUUGAUCGCUGACAGGACCCGAUCAACGGCUACUACGAAGUGCAAUGAACAGUCGAGUAGAAGCUCAGAACGUGUCAAAGAGUUUGGUGCCGAGGGUGAUCGCUUUAAAGAAGUGAUAUUCAUUAAUUCUGCACUAUCGAAUCUGCAAAACUGUAUUCGAAGUCAGUUGAAUAAGAAUCAAUAUAUACCCUACCGGAACUCGAAACUUACAAUGCUUCUUCGGGAUAGCUUGGGUGCUGGGAACUCAAAAACGAUGGUUAUUGUUGCUUUGAAUCCGGCUCUGGCGCAAGUACCAGAAACGAAACGUAGUUUGGAAUUCGCUCAAGAGGUUCGAUGUAGUCUCGACUAUUACUAG